AUGCCUCCCAAGAAGUCCACCACCGCUGCUCCCAGCAAGAAGGCCUCCGGUGCCGCCCCUGCCCAUGGCUCCUACAUUGAUAUGAUCAAGGAGGCUAUCCUCAGCCUCAAAGAACGCAAUGGAUCAAGCCGUCAAGCCAUCCAGAAGUAUAUCAAGGCCAACAACAGCGUGGGCAAUAUCACCGACACCAUGUUCAAGAGCCUUGUCAACCGCGCCAUCUCGACUGGUGAAGAGAAGGGUAUCUUCUCGCGUCCCAAGGGUCCCUCUGGAACCGUGAAACUCGCAAAGAAGGAACCGGCUAAGCCUGCCGCAAAGGCCGACUCCAAGGACGCAAAGGCUGAGAAGAAGACUACCGCCACCAAGACCAAGAAGGCUACCACUACCGCCAAGGCACCUGCUGCUAAGAAGGCUACCACCGCGAAGAAGGAGAAGGCACCUGCUGCCAAGAAGGAGAAGACUACCACCACCACCACCAAGAAGGCUGCCGGCAGGCCCAAGGCAAACGCCAGCAAGCCUCGCAAGGAGGCCGAUGCUCCUGCUCCCGCUGUUGAGAAGGAAGAGACCCGUGUCUUGGGCAAGACCAAGUCUGGACGCGUCACCAAGACCAAGGCACCCGCUAAGAAGGCCGCGGCGCCCAAGAAAGCGGCUGCCACCAAGAAGGCUCCGGCGAAGAAGGUCACACCAAAGAAGGCUGCGGCAUAAACGACUCUUCACGACCUUUUUUCCCUGUUCUCUUCUGACUGUGGUCGCGUGUUGCGGCACGCGCAACCGUAUUGAUGAUAUCCCCCAUCUAUGUGUUUAGUUUCUCUGUUCGGCGAUGUGCACGGGUUCGGGUUAAAGGGUGGUGGGGGGGUCACCGGGGUGUUGGUCUUUCUCUCCAUCUCUGUCUGUUUGGGUCUGUAUGGCGUUUCUAUAGGCGCUUCUUCGUUAUUGCGGGCAUUGUUUGCGCUGCUGUUACUGCUCC